AUGAUGAGCUUCGGCGGCGCGGACGCGCUGCUGGGCGCCCCGUUCGCGCCGCUGCACGGAGGCGGCAGCCUGCAUUAUGCGCUGGCCCGGAAGGGCGGCUCGCGUUCGGCGGCCGGCUCCUCCAGCGGAUUUCACUCGUGGGCUCGGACGUCCGUGAGCUCCGUGUCAGCCUCGCCCAGCCGCUUCCGUGGCGCAGGCGCCGCCUCAAGCACCGACUCGCUAGAUACGCUGAGCAACGGGCCAGAGGGCUGCAUGGUGGCGGCGGCUGCGGCGCGUAGCGAAAAGGAGCAGCUGCAAGCCCUCAAUGACCGCUUCGCGGGCUACAUCGACAAGGUGCGGCAGCUUGAGGCGCACAACCGCAGCCUGGAGGGAGAGGCUGCCGCGCUGCGACAGCAGCAGGCAGGCCGCGCAGCCAUGGGUGAGCUGUACGAGCGCGAGGUGCGCGAGAUGCGCGGCGCAGUGCUGCGCCUGGGCGCGGCGCGGGGCCAGCUGCGCCUUGAGCAGGAGCACCUGCUCGAGGACAUCGCACACGUGCGCCAGCGCCUCGACGACGAGGCCCGGCAGCGCGAAGAGGCUGAGGCUGCGGCGCGCGCACUAGCGCGCUUCGCCCAGGAGGCCGAAGCUGCGAGAGUCGAGCUGCAGAAAAAGGCGCAGGCACUGCAGGAGGAGUGCGGCUACCUGCGACGCCACCACCAGGAGGAGGUGGGCGAGCUGCUCGGUCAGAUCCAGGGUUGCGGCGCCGCGCAGGCGCAGGCGCAGGCCGAGGCGCGCGACGCCCUGAAGUGCGACGUGACGUCGGCGCUGCGUGAGAUCCGCGCGCAACUCGAAGGCCAUGCUGUGCAGAGCACGCUGCAGUCAGAGGAGUGGUUUCGAGUGAGGCUGGACCGACUGUCAGAGGCAGCUAAAGUGAAUACAGAUGCCAUGCGCUCAGCUCAGGAGGAGAUAACUGAGUACCGGCGUCAGCUGCAGGCCAGGACCACAGAGUUGGAGGCUCUGAAAAGCACCAAGGAUUCCCUGGAGAGGCAGCGCUCUGAGCUAGAGGACCGUCAUCAGGCUGACAUUGCAUCCUACCAGGAAGCCAUUCAGCAGCUGGACACUGAGCUGAGGAACACCAAGUGGGAGAUGGCAGCCCAGCUCCGAGAAUACCAGGACCUGCUGAAUGUCAAGAUGGCUCUGGAUAUUGAGAUUGCUGCUUAUAGAAAACUUCUGGAAGGUGAAGAGUGUCGGAUCGGCUUUGGCCCAAGUCCUUUCUCUCUUCCAGAGGCACUCCCGAAAAUUCCCUCCAUAUCCACUCACAUAAAAGUCAAAAGUGAAGAGAAGAUCAAGGUGGUAGAAAAGUCAGAGAAGGAAACUGUGAUUGUGGAGGAACAGACAGAAGAGAUCCAAGUAACUGAAGAAGUGACGGAAGAAGAGGAGAAAGAGGCCAAAGAGGAGGAAGGCAAGGAAGAAAAAGAGGGAGAAGAGGAAGAAGCAGAAGAGGGAAAAGAAGAAGCAGAGUCUCCCUCAGCAGAAGAGGCUGCAUCCCCAGAAAAGGAAACCAAGUCCCCUGUGAAGGAAGAAGCCAAGUCACCAGCUGAGGAAAAGUCCCCAGUGAAAGACGAGGCCAAGUCACCAGCUGAGGCCAAGUCCCCAGCCAAGGAAGAGGCUAAGUCACCAAUCGAGGCCAAGUCUCCAGAGAAGGCCAAGUCCCCCGUGAAAGAUGAAGCAAAAUCACCAGCUGAGGUCAAGUCUCCUGAGAAGGCCAAGUCCCCGGUGAAGGAAGAAGCAAAGUCACCAGCUGAGGCCAAGUCCCCAGUAAAAGAAGAGGCAAAAUCACCAGCUGAGGUCAAGUCUCCUGAGAAGGCCAAGUCCCCAGUGAAGGAAGAAGCGAAGUCCCCAGAGAAAGCCAAGUCCCCAGUGAAGGAAGAAGCAAAGUCCCCAGAGAAAGCCAAGUCCCCAGUGAAGGAAGAAGCAAAGUCCCCAGAGAAGGCCAAGUCCCCAGCGAAGGAAGAAGCAAAGUCCCCAGAGAAGGCCAAGUCCCCAGUGAAGGAAGAAGCAAAGUCCCCAGAGAAGGCCAAGACUCUAGAUGUAAAGUCUCCAGAAGCCAAGACUCCAGUGAAGGAGGAAGCACGGUCCCCACCAGACACCAGAUCCCCUGACAAGGCCAAAAGCCCUGUCAAGGAGGAGGCCAAAUCCCCAGAGAAGGUCAAAUCCCCUGAGAAGGAGGUCCCAAAGAAAGAAGAGGUGAAAUCACCCGUGAAGGAGGAGGAGAAACCCAAAGAGUCCCCAAAGAAGGCAGAAGAGAAGGCUCCAGCCACACCCAAAACUGAGGAGAAGGACAGCAAGAAAGGCGAGGCUCUCAAGAAGGAGGCUCCAAAGCCCGAGGUGGAGGCCAAGAAGGAAGCUGCUGUCGAGAAGCCCAAAGAAUCCAAAGUUGAGGCCAAGAAGGAAGAGACAGAGGAUAAGAAGAAAGCAGCGACCCCGGAGAAGGAGGCUCCUGCCAAGGCGGAGGUGAAGGAAGAAGCUAAACCCAAAGACAAGACUGAGGUACCCAAGAAGGAAGCCGAACCCAGCAAACCAGCAGAGAAGGAACCAGAAAAGCCAAAGAAAGAAGAGGCAGCAGCAGUACCCGAAAAGAAAGACACCAAGGAGGAGAAGGCCGCAGAGGCCAAGAAGCCAGAGGAGAAACCCAAAACGGAGGCCAAGGCCAAGGAGGACGACAAGGGUGUCUCCAAGGAGCCCAGCAAGGAGGCCCCCACACCCAGCAAACCCAAGACGGAAAAGGCUGAAAAAUCCUCUAGCACGGACCAAAAAGACAGCAAGCCUGCAGAGAAGGCCACAGAGGACAAGGCCACCAAGGGGGAAAAGUAAGGCAGUAAGAAAGGAACCCCAGAGCAGCCAAAGAAACUUAGGAGGGUCCCAGAACUCAAGGGUCAGUCUAAUGAAUUUUCAUUUUUUUUCCUCCCUUUUUGUUCUAUAAGAAAAAAAACAUGCUUUGAUGUCGGGCCUUCCUUCACCAAACAGGAUUUUCUGUUAACAAUAUGGUAGCAAGAGAGGGCACUCCCAGUUCCUGACCCCCUCCCCACCCCGUGUCCCAAACCCUCUCCAGGCGAUGGACAACUAUGUUAUGAUAGCUUAUGU